UACUACGCAGGAAACGGAUCAAGUAAAUCUAGUAAACAUGGCGCCGACACCUGUGCUCCUGCUGGUGACUUUUUGUGUGUCCUUCCAGCUGAUAUAUGCUGAAGAUACAGUGAAUCCUCCAGAUCCUAUUGAUUCCAAAACACAGGAGGACUGUGGCGACAACCAAGAAUAUAACGAAUGUGGAACAAUGUGUCCUCUAACCUGCAGCAAUUACAAUGAUCCUCCUAUGUGUGAAGCUAUGUGUAAGGCCGGCUGUUUCUGCAAGGAAGGGUUUUACCUGGAUGCCAGAGGAAUCUGUGUGGAAAAGGCGAAGUGUGAUUCCUGCAGUGGGAACACAACGUACGCAAGCUACGGACGCAUGUGUGAAACAACCUGCAUGAAUGUAAAAUUGCAUACACACAUAGGAAUACUUUGCCCAAAAGAAAGCGAAUCAGGCUGCGUCUGUAAGGACGGGUAUGCGCGUCUGAAUGAUGGAUCAGACUGUGUGCUGUACAAGGACUGUCCUUAAUGAUCAAUAAAGAUAACUGAAAAGUUGUGAGUCCA